CUAAACCUCAAGUUCUGCUCUAAAAUCUCAAAAUGACUCGCGGUACACCCAAUAAUUUGAAUACAUCAAUCCUAUCGGGCUUUCUGAAUAAUAUGUACAUAAGCGUGCAGCGGGAGUGGUUUGCCGGGAGGAGGUUUUUGUAUCUGGCGACACUUUUCAUGAAGCCGGAGUUCCAAGGGAGAGGCGUGGGGACAAGUGUGAUUAAAGCUGCACAUGAGACGGCGGACAAAGAGGGACUGGUGAGUUGUUUGCAAGGGACGGCGGUGGCGACGCCGUUUUAUGUACAGAGGGGGUGAAAAGUUGUCGAGAGGUUUGAGGUCGAUUUGAAGACUUGGGUUAAGGGGAGGGUUUGAGGUAUGGGGUUUAUAAGGUGGGGUAUAUGGUGAGGUUGCCGGUGAGCAGGAAGGAAGAGAGUGAGGAGAGUAUUGA